UCCACCUAUAGUGUUUUGAUAAUAAUUUUUCGCAGAAGGUUAAUGACCAAUUAUGUAAAAUAAUAUUAAUUUUUAGUGUUUAACUCACACACAUCAAAUAGGCAUGGAUAUGCAAUUGUUUUUGGUGACACCAAUAUUUGCACUGCUCCUGUGGAAAAAUAGAAAAAUAGGAGUAUGGGUAACAUCUGCAUGCAUAUUAAUUUCAACAAUUUUUCGUUUUUGGGCCAAUUAUGUCUAUAAUUUAAGCUAUGUCGUGUAUUACGGAAUAUCGGUUUCACAAUUGUUUGAUGUGGCUACUUUAUCAUACAUUUUACCCACCCAUAGAGCCACAAAUUACCUAUUGGGUGUGCUUUUAGCAUAUGCUCUAAAAACUAUAAACUUAAAGUCUGAAGUUACGAAGCGACAAAUGUUAUUAUUUUGGAGUAUAUUUGGAUCUGUAAUAUUGUUAAAUUGGUUUGGACCUUAUUACAUGUCCUAUAUGUCUUUUAAAUACAAUAAUUUAGAAGCAGCUUUAUAUGCAGCUUUUGGACCCUUAACGUGGGGUCUUGUCGGAGUUGUAUUUGUAUACCUCACUGAAAAAAAUUAUGGAGGAUGGUUUGCCGAUAUAUUUAGAUGGAAACAUUGGAAAUAUUUUACAAAAAUAGCGUAUUCCCUAUAUUUGGUACAAUUUCCUGUUUAUUUUUAUAAUGUAGGAAAAAGACGCAAUGCGGAUGAAUAUAAUCCCUCAAUAAUAUUCUAUAUUCCAGAAGUUUUAACAAUAUUAAUUUUGUCCUGCUUAUUGACUUUAUUUGUGGAAAUGCCUUUUCAAAAUCUCCAUAAAGUCCUAUUUCAAAAAGAUAAAAUACAUAUAGAAGCUAAGGGAAUGAAUAAAACUAUUCAAAACAAAACAGAAAGACUUAAACAAGGUUGA